AUGGGGUCUGCAAAGCAUUCAAUUUUCCUCUUAUUAUCAUUCAUCCUUUUUUCUCUGUUCCAAGCACCUGUUUUUGCAAUUAAAAAGUCUUACAUAGUAUACUUGGGAUCACACGAGCACGGUGCAGAAGUUACAGAUUCUGAUUUUGAAAGAGUUACUGAAUCUCAUUAUGAAUUCCUUCAAUCCUAUUUGGGAAGUUCUGAGAAAUCUAAAGAGGCAAUAAUAUAUUCUUACACAAGGCACAUUAAUGGCUUUGCUGCCAUCCUCGAAGAGGAAGAGGCUGCUGAUAUUGCAAAUCAUCCAAACGUUGUGUCAGUAUUCUUAAACCGAGGAAGAAAAUUACACACUACUCAUUCGUGGGAAUUUAUGUCACUGGAACAUAAUGGUGUAACUCGCUCUGAAUCCCUGUUUAGAAAAGCCAGAUUCGGUGAAGAUGCUAUUAUUGGCAAUCUUGACACUGGUGUAUGGCCGGAAUCUCCGAGCUUUAGAGAUGAGGGGAUAGGCCCCAUUCCUUCAAGGUGGAAAGGAACAUGUCAGAGUGAUACCACUGGCUUCCGUUGCAACAGGAAGCUCAUAGGAGCGAGGUACUUCAGCAAAGGCUAUUCUGCCUAUGCGGGGCCAGAUGCAAUCAAUAACAAUGUGCUUAACACAGCACGAGAUUAUGAAGGUCAUGGAUCUCACACGCUAUCAACAAUGGGAGGAAACUUUGUUCCUGGGGCAAAUGUCUUUGGCUUGGGUAAUGGAACUGCCAAAGGUGGUUCUCCUAAAUCCCGGGUUGCUACUUACAAGGUUUGCUGGCAACCAAUUGAUGGCAAUGAGUGCUUUGAUGCUGAUAUCAUGGCAGCCUUUGAUAUGGCCAUACAUGAUGGUGUUGAUGUUCUUUCCCUCUCUCUUGGAGGGAAUGCUGCUGAUUAUUUUGAUGAUGGUCUUUCAAUUGGUGCAUUUCAUGCUGUUAAGAAGGGCAUCCCUGUAAUCUGCUCAGCUGGGAAUUCUGGACCAACACCGGGAACUGUUUCAAAUAUUGCACCUUGGAUAUUAACAGUUGGUGCAAGCACCUUGGACAGAGAGUUUGAUACUAGUGUUGAACUCCAGAAUGGAAAGCUCUUUAAGGGAGCAAGCCUUUCUAAAGCUUUGCCGGAAGACAAGUAUUAUCCACUCAUUAGUGCUGCACAGGCAAAAGCGGCUAAUGCAUCAGUUGGAAACGCUAUUCUGUGUAAACAAGGAACAAUUGACCCCCAGAAGGUGAAGGGCCAAAUAUUGGUUUGUCUUAGAGGUGAAACUGCAAGAGUGGAAAAGAGCCUUGUUGCUUUGGAGGCUGGCGCUGCUGGGAUGAUUCUUUGUAAUGAUAAGCUUAGUGGUGAUGAGCUUAUUGCUGAUCCUCAUCUCCUGCCAGCAUCACAAAUUAAUUAUGAAGACGGUCUUGCUCUCUUUGCCUACAUCAAUUCUACCAAGAAUCCGCUAGGAUAUAUUCAUCCACCACAAACCAAGUUGCAGAUAAAGCCUGCUCCAGUCAUGGCAGCUUUCUCCUCUAGAGGGCCCAACACAAUCACACCCGAGAUCCUCAAGCCUGAUGUCACCGCUCCCGGUGUGAAUAUUAUUGCUGCCUACUCAGAAGGGAUUAGCCCGACAGAAAUGAACUUUGAUACACGCAGGGUUCCCUUUAUCACCAUGUCUGGAACAUCCAUGUCAUGCCCUCACGUGGCUGGAGUUGUUGGCCUUCUCAAGACACUCCACCCUGACUGGAGUCCAUCAGCUAUUAAAUCUGCAAUAAUUACAACUGCUAGGAUAAGGGACAACGAUGCUAAGCCAAUGCUUGAUGGCAAUAAUGUACUUAAGGCAACACCAUUUGCAUAUGGCUCUGGCCACAUCAGACCAAAUGGUGCUAUGGAUCCAGGAUUGGUCUAUGACCUAACCAUCAAUGAUUACCUAAACUUUCUUUGUAUCUCCGGUUAUAACCAGACCAUGAUAAAAUUGUUCCCUGGUACUCAAUAUCGUUGUCCUGAUAUAGUAAGCAUCCUGGAUUUCAACUACCCUACAGUAACAAUACCUAAACUCUACGGCUCAGUUACUUUGAACCGCAACGUGAAAAAUGUUGGUUCACCGGGUACUUAUACUGCAAGCCUCCGUGUACCUGCGGGCCUUAACAUGUCUGUGGAGCCUAAUAUCUUGAAAUUUGACAAGAUUGGUGAAGAGAAGAGCUUUAAGUUGACAGUUGAAGUUACAAGAGGUGGUCUGGCCACAGUAUUUGGAGGGUUAACAUGGUCAGAUGGCAAACAUCAUGUGAGGAGUACAAUUGUAGUUGGCGGCGUCAAAGGUUAG